AUGAUCAAGACCCCAGGUAGCCGACUAUCGCAAUAUCGCAACAUCGUAAUAUUCGAAAAGCGCAACAUUCGAGAUAGGAUCAGCGGCCGGGUCGCCGGCGCGAGCAGGCUCGUCGCAAGUCCGGACUCCCAGGCGACAUUCCAGGGCAGCGCUUGGGGGGAUCCUGUCGCUGACGAUCAACAACGCGACGGCCCGGUCGCAGUUCUCACUGUCGUUCACCGAGUCCGCGGAGUUCAUCAGCCCGCUCAAGUUGGACGACUCGUGCCAGCCCGCACGGCUGCAGAACUGGGACAGAAUCCAGACGUUCCACGUGCCGCGAGCCACGGGGCUGCUGACGCAGACCGUGGGACAGCAGCGCGGCGGGUUCCGCUUCCUGACGAUUGUGAGUGCGAGCGCGGACCGCUGACGAUCUCGAACAUCUCGCUGGCGAUCACGUUCAUGCCCCACUGGGAUGAUCUCAGGGCGUACCCGGGCUACUUCUUUGCACCUGACCCCGGGUUCCACGACAUCGACUUCCUCACGAAGAUCUGGUACGCCGGUGCGUCAUCGCCUGUUUGCUGGCUGAUGUGGCAGAGCGUGGCGUGGGUGGGGCUGACCGCUAGCAGGCACUAUAGGGUGCAGACCAACACAAUCCCUCCCCACACGGCGCGACAGGAGCCGUGCCCAGCAGGAGGUGGCUGGUCCAACGAUGCCUUGGGAGGAGCUGCCACUGGGCCUAUCCUCGUCGAUGGUGCAAAACGCGACAGGAACAUCUGGCCAGGCGACUGCGGCAUCUCCACACACACGGAGCUCGUCGCGCUGAGCGACAUGGAGCCGACCAAGAACUCGUUGAUGGUGAUGUUCCGCACGCAAAACCUGACGACUGGCGCGCUGCAGUACUCCGGGCCGCCGCUGAACAACCAGGGAAGCGACACGUACAUCUCGUGGUCGCUCAUUGGGACGCACAACUACUUCCUGUACACGGGCGACCUCGAUUUCAUCAAGUCUGUCUGGGCGAACUACACCAAGGCGGUUGGCUUCCUUGAGGGCCAGGUGGACUUGACCGGCCUGAUGAACGUCUCGUCUGCGCUCUCGAACGACUGGGGCAGGGCCAGCGGCGCCGGACACAACUCUGCGGCAAACGCGUUGCUUUAUCGCACGCUCGUCACCACGGCGGACCUGGCGACGCAUCUCGGCAAUGUCUCCCUCCCCGCCACAUACCUCGCCAACGCGACCAAGAUCAAAACUGCGUUCAACAGCCUGCUGUGGGACGCCGCGGCGGGCCGGUUCCGCAGCAACGACCUGCCGAGGAGCAUCCACCCGCAGGACGGCAACGCGCUCGCGGUCCUGUACAACCUCACGACAUCGGACGCACAGAACAAGGCCAUCCAAGCGCAUUUUGUGGCCGGCAAGGGCGAGCGGGCAAUUGAUCUGAUCGAGCGCGAGUGGGGGUACAUGCUGGAAACCAACUUGAGUGUCAAGUCGCCGCUGCUAGAGGGCUUCUCGGCCAACGGAUCGCUCGGUCGGCUACCUGGGGUCUUGAUCAUUGCGUCAAUCAUCUGA